GUAUUUUUGUCUUGAUGUGAGUGAUGUGACGUGACGAGUCUCAUGAAUUAUGAUAUCAUGGGGAUGGAAUAUUCAGAUUGAUCAAGACCAUUGACCAAGUGACCAGCAUAGCUUCUGAUCUUCGGCUCUCCUCAUCUUGAAAUAGGUCUCCCCAAGCGGCUCAAGGCCCAAAUGAUUCAAAUCCUCAUUCUCUUCAUCCAAUUUGACGAACCCACUUCUACCCGAGUCCCUAAACACACCGGCGAUUUUUAAUGAGUUCGGGUCAACUGGCGUCCCCUCCGGCCCCCAACGCCCCCCGCGAAGUCGUGUAAUCUAUUCCUGAAAGAUGAACGAUUGAAUAUCAACCGCUUGGGAUUUUUUCUCCCCUUUCCCCAUCUAUUUGAUGUCAAACUCCAACUGGAUUCCGGAAGUUUGGACUCUUCGAUGAGUUCCGAGGGAACACACCACCAUUGUCUUCAUGCCAUGCUGCAAUCCCACCAUCACGAAUCCUCCAACGUGGGUUUGCCAUCGAUCACGCUCCUCGUCGGUGGUCGUCAUCCGGAACUGCAUCGUCAUUCUUUUUGGAUUUCUGGCUGUGCCACGUCCGGCUUCGCGUCGCUGGCUUCUGCCGCUUCGCCCACAUCCCGUUCAUUGGGUUCCCUCGGUUGACCAGGGACGUCCCUGUCACAGACCGGAUCUCCAGGACUUUGCACACCCCCAGCGGUUGGAACAACGUCAUUCUCCUCCCAACCCCGACUUCUCCCACAUCCCCCUCUUCUCACGCCUCUCUAGCCCACGACUAAGAUGGAGCCCCGUAGAUCCUUUGUCGCAGAGAACCAAGAAGAGCAGAUAUGACGCCCAUCUCUGUCGCUGGUCCGUCCGAGGAUAUGCAAGCUUGACAACCGCCACCGAUAUUACCGGCCGAGGGACUGGUUGCGAAGUCGAGGAGGUAGAUGUCCCUGGAGCAUCCAGUGGUUCAAUUCCUAUUCAAAUUUACCAUCCUAGGUCGUUAUCAGGCCUGGGCGCACCAUAUCGAAGAGCCAUCCUUUACUUCCCUGCAUUGCCUUACGAUGUUUUAUCGGUCCCUGGACUCACCAACGAUAUCGACGCUCGAGAUGCUGCUCUUCUUUGCGAGCAAACUGGGAUUCCAGUCAUCCAGAUCAAAUACCGCCUGAAUUCGGUAGAUCGCUAUCCGAGGCCAAUUCAUGAUGUGUUUGCAGCGUUUGAUUGGGUCUCCCAAAAUCUAGAACAAUUAAGUAAGAGAAGUCAUCUUAGGUCGGAUGAAGAUAGUGAUGAGUUCUCGAAUGGAGACAGGAAAUGGAGAAACUCAUCCCUCCGACUUGCGACUUACGGAAGACUCGUUGGAGCGCAGCUGGCUACGACCCUUGGCUUAAUCGAGUGUCGAAUGACAAGCGGUACGCCUAGCAUUGUCGCAACCGCCGUGGAUGACGCUGUUGUCGAUUGGACCUUUCCGCAAUCCGACAUUUCCUACUUUGCCAAUGACUCGAGCAUACCAGCCGGGGCAAAUUCAGGGUUCGAUAUCACUGACGAUGACCUAAACCGCCAGUGGGAUGAGUUGCUCUCACUUGAGUCUGGUUCUUUAGUCGACGAGGUGGGCGGUGCCGUCAUACAGGAGCCCCAGGUAACGAGAAAAAGAAGAAAGAAGCGGAAACUUCCAUCCUGGGAGAAUUUCCCCAAUGGCGGACCGUUAUCAACCAGCACCCUCCUUGACCUCCGCGAUCAGCUCUUCCGCCGUCCCUCACAAACCCUUGAUCCUUUCGCGUCACCCCUUUUCUUUUUCCGCAGUAGUGGCAUCGCCAUUCCCGAACCAGGGACGGUCAUUACGUCCACAUCAUCAGACCCAACCGUUCCGUUUGGUGAUCCUUCAACUGCCCUUCCAUACCACAAUCGCAAAUCCCACAUGGUCUACCCUCCUACCGGAUCCGGUCUGCGGCUCCCCGACUUCUCUAUAACCGCCUCCGGCACCUCGCCGCUACGUGACCAAGCCGAGGAACUUGCCAAGCUUCUCCGCCGAAGCGUGACGAGGUCAGAGGUGAAGAGAAUGAAGACCGGGAGAGGCCUUGUGGAUGAUGUUCUGGAUGACGGGACGAUUCUCAAUCAUGCGGUCAUGAAGGCUGAGAAAAGAGUUUUACUAGAUGUGAGGGAACGUCCGCAGGGUUUGGGCAGAGACGAGACACUCUUGGUCGAGAAAGCUGCGUGGUUGAAGAAUGUGCUGACGGCUGCAUAAACACGCCCCGCAUUGCACGGAGUCAAAUGGUUGUCGUGGACAGUGAAAUCAGUCAAAUACUUUGUAGAGUAGUAAAUUCCCCGUUCGUACGCCAUUGCUCAUGCAAAAUUCGAUCAGAAAUCACCGAUCCACGC